UGGAUUUAAUAGAUAUGCAAUCACAGAGCGUAAAUGAUUUCCGAUUUAUAAUGAAUUACCAAGACCAUCUAACAAAGUUCGUUGUACUUAAACCAUUAAAAACAAAACGUGCGGAAGAAGUUGCACAUAAUUUACUAGAUAUUUAUACAACAUUUGGAGCACCAGCCAUACUGCACUCAGACAAUGGAAGAGAGUUUGUUAAUAAUACUAUAAACGAACUUCAUGCUAUGUGGGGUGAUGUAAAAAUUGUUCAUGGGAAACCUCGACAUAGUCAGAGCCAGGGCUCUGUCGAACGCGCCAAUCGAGAUGUGGAGGAUAUGUUGGCUACAUGGAUGGCCGAGAACAAAAGUAGUGAUUGGCCGUCUGGAUUAAAAUUUAUACAGUUCCGAAAAAAUCGCGCUUUUCAUUCAGUUGGCAACUUCGCAUCUAAUUUCACGCGCAAUCGUAAAAAACAUAAUAUUACCUUUAUACAUUUAAUAAGAUAA